AUGGCAGGCAAGAAGAAAGAAGUCCAGCUCCAGACCAUAAUAAACAAUCAAGACCAGUGGGAUGAAAUGCUGCUGACAAAGGGUAUAGUAGUGAUAGAUGUAUAUCAAGCUUGGUGUGGUCCUUGCAAAGCUGUGACGAAUUUAUUCAGAAAGCUGAGGAUCGACUUUAGUGAAGAAAAUAUUCUACAAUUUGUGGCGGCAGAGGCUGAUAGCGUCGAAACUCUGAAACCAUUUAGGAAGAGCUGUGAACCUGUGUUUCUUUUUGGUGUUCAGGGUAAAAUUAUUGCAAUGGUGAAAGGUGUAAAUGCUCCUCUCAUAACUAAGAUAGUAACAGACUUAGUGCAAGAAGAGAGGAAAAUUGCAGCUGGAGAGAAGGAACGUGCUGAGGUACAAGAAAUCGUUUUUCCAGAAGAAGGUUCAGAAGGGUCUGCUGAGGAGGUUGUACAGGAAGUACUCACUUAUUCUGUUGGAAUUAUAAAACCUGAUGAUGUCUUAGCUGGACGUGUAGAAGAAAUUAAAAAAAAGAUUAAAGUUGCAGGAUUUGGCAUUGAAGCAGAUGAGGAGAGAAUGCUUACUGAAGAGCAAAUCAGAGUAUUUUAUGCCCGGAAUGCAAAAGAGCCUGACUUUGAUGCAUUUGUUCAAUUCAUGAUGACUGGACCGUGCCAUGUUUUGAUAAUCACUAAAAAAGAGGCAACUGGUGCUAUUCCUCAGUGGAAAGAUCUACACAGAAGAAGUACCUCUGCUGAGCCUGUGGAGGCAGACAAGUUGCCAGGACUCACAAAACCUGAGAGUCUGGAAAAUUUAUGUGAUGUGCAAGACAGUGUUGAAGAUGCCAGCAGACAGCUUGCCUUCUUUUUCCCAAAUUAUCAUAUAAGUGAGGCAGAGCAUCACGUUGAAAGGACUUUGGCCAUAAUUAGACCUACUCUCUUGAAGGAACGGCGAGAUUCCAUCCUGAAAAGGAUAAAGGAUGAUGGUUUCCAAAUAGCAAUGCAGAAAGAAAUAAUUCUAUCUGAGGAACAAGUACGUACAUUUUACAAAGAGCAUGUUGGUCAAGACUACUUCCCGGUCCUUCUAGAGCAAAUGACCAGUGGUGCAACUCUUGUAUUGGCUCUAACACGAGAAAAUGCUGUAUCACACUGGAGGGGUUUACUAGGCCCAAAGACUCUUGAAGAGGCUAAGGAAAAUCCAGAGAGUUUGCGUGCACAGUAUGCGAUUGAAAAUGUACCUAUCAACCAGCUGCAUGGCAGUUCUACGCUCAGUGAUGCUCAGAAGGAACUAGAGUUCUUCUUCCCUGAGGAAAAAACCUUUGCAUUAAUCAAACCUGACGCUGCUAAGACUCAUAAAGAUGAAAUUAUGAAAAAAGUUAAAGAGGCUGGAUUUAGCAUCUCAAAGGUAAAAGAACAGGCUUUAACUCGUGAAAUGGCUGCACAGUUUUACAAGCAUCACGAAGGAAAACCCUUUUUUGAUGAGCUGGUGAAUUUUAUGACACAGGGUCCAUCAGUGAUAAUGGUCUUAUCAAAGGAAAAUGCUGUGGAAGAGUGGAGGAAUCUAAUGGGUCCAUCUGAUCCAGAAGUGGCAAAGAAGACCUGUCCUGAAUCAAUUCGGGCUCAGUUUGCACAUGAUAUUUUGUCUAAUGCUGUUCAUGGAGCAUCUAAUCCAGAACACGCAGAGAGAAACAUUCACUUCCUAUUUGGAGAGCUGGAUGCAGACUAA